CCGCCAUCGACGCGGCUCGAUUUCUUCUUCCGCCAACCAUAAAUCCUGAAUAUCUUCAAAGCCAAUUCUAAUUCGCCGCCGGUCUGGUAAUCGGAAGAUAUGCUCCGUCUCUGUAUCAGACUCCGACGUCGUUACAGUUUUGCGUAUCAUCGCCGCUUCUCAUCCUCCUCUUCCAAAAACCCCGUCGAAUCUUCCAACAACCCUAGAAAUUCCUAUUCUGUUCCCUCUCCUCAACCGCCAUCAUUGCAAAUUCUUCAAGGCCAUCCUCCUGCUCUCUCCACAACCACCGUAACGCCUCUCUCACGAACUUCUAUUUUUGCUCUCUCCGCCACCGUCCUUUCCGCUAUCGUUGCCUCGUACGCUCUAUACAAUCCCAAUCCUGAGGCUGAGCGCAAAAGGAACCCUAGUCCUCUCUACGACGCUAUCGAACACGGCAUCCAGAAAUCCAAUGAGUCCUUCAAGAGGAUCCUUAAUCACGGGAGGCAGACGGGCGUGGCAGCCUCGGUUCUGUGGCAAUCGCUGAGGUCGGUGCUCUCUUCAGCGAAUCACGAAGUGCGAGUCGGGUUCGAAAUGCGGGUGGCAUCGCUGCUCGCUGACAUUGCCGCCGCCAAUGCCAGCCGCAGGGCUGCUCUGGUCGGUGCAGGUGGUGGCGCAGUGGUUGACUGGCUUCUUGAGACGGUGGCGACCACCUCAGUCGGGACUGAGACCCAGGCAGAGGCUGCUAGGGCGCUGGCAUAUUUGGUUGCGGACCCUAAUGUGUGUAAGGAUGUUUUGGGGAGGCCUCUUGCUGUUCCCAAUUUAUUGAGGUUCAUCUUUUCGUGUCAGCCUAAGCGCAGGGCUAAGAAGCACUCAAGACGCACUUCAUUCGAUGUUUCUGAUUCCUUGAAAGGUAGGAGCAUGCUAGUGGCUGCCAUUAUGGAUAUUGUGACAUCCAAUUGUGAGAGUCUGGAAAAGGUAUCCUUUAAGCCAGUGCUGCCUCGGAAUGCUGAGACCAGGGAUAUUGCAGCAGCCAUUCAAGUUAUUGAACAAGGUGGCAUGCGUUUAGAUGAUCAGGAGUGUGGGGAUGAUGAAGAUGGUGGAAGAGGUAUGAGGGGAAUUGGGAUCAAGAUUCUUGAAGGCACAACAGUAGUAGGGCUUUCAAGAACUGAGGGGCUUAUGAAAUUUGAUAGUCCUGACCCUCCCAAUGGAAUGCCAGAUCUGCAUACCUCUAAAACCCUUGAUUUGCUUGCUAAACAUGAUAGUUCGAUUGCUGAAGCCAAUUUAUCUUCUGCUGUUGUACCUGGUCUCUGGGAUGAUUUGCACUGUGAACAUGUCGCUGUGCCUUUUGCUGCUUGGGCAUUAGCCAAUUGGGCAAUGGCAUCAGAUGUCAACAGAACACUUAUUCAAGAACUAGAUCAAGAUGGGUAUGCUGUAAUGACUGCUUUGCUAGCACCUGAAAGAUCAGUGAAAUGGCAUGGGAGUUUGGUGGCUCGGUUGUUGCUAGAGGAUCGUAAUCUUCCCUUAAAUGAUUCCAUAUCUGAUUGGGCUUCUAGUCUUCUUUCUACCAUUUCACAGGCAAGCAAAAACGAUGACAUUUCUUUAGCUCAGAUGGCUUUAUCUGCUUUUUUAGUUUCUGUUGAGAGAAGCCCUGGGGCACAGAAGAUUGUGAUGGAGAAGGGUCUUCCACUGAUGAGAGAUACCGCAAAGCGGAUGAGCAAUCACAGGCAAGUUCAAGAAGCAUUGGCACAGGCUUUAGAAUUGAUUUCUACUAGAGACAUUCAUUUAUCUCUUGAAGAGAGUCAGAGGUGGUCUGCCAUACUGCUUCCUUGGGUGUUUGGACAAUCUUCCUCUGAUGCUAUGCGAGCUUCUGCAAUAAGAAUUCUUUCAUGCAUACUUGAAGACUAUGGGCCAGCUUCUGUACCUAUUUCUCAAGGAUGGUUAGCUAUUCUGCUUAAUGAUGUCCUGAGUUCCAGUAAGAAAUCACCUGUUAAAGGAGGGACUCAGCCAAAGAGUGACAAAAUUAAGACUCAAAUCGAUCAGUCUAACAUUCUUUCGGCUACACAGACUGCUAACCAAUUAGCAGGUGCCGUUGUUAAUCUAGCUGGAAAUCAAUUAGGAACAGCCACUGACUCUGUUGACACAUUCCCCCUGGCAGAGCUUCUUUCUCUUGAACCUUUUGCAGGACCAUUUAAAAAUCUAAAGAAAGAUAGUCCACCUAAAUUUGAUGCUGCAGAUUCUGCAUUGGCAACCCUUAAGGGGACUAAAGCACUUGCUGAAAUUUGUGCUGAAGAUUCCUUCUGUCAGAAAAAAGUUGUUGAUUUUGGGGUCUUGUGUUUGCUGAGACGCUUUUUGUUAUGUGAUGAUUAUGAGCAACUAGCUGCAAUAGAGGCUUAUGAUGCAUCUAGAGCCCAUGAGGCACAGGAGAGGGUUUCAAGUGGUGCUGGUGAAUCAGCUGCAUCAACUGCAUCAAAUACAAAUGAUCCAUCCAGUGUCCGAGUUCCACCUGCAGCUCACAUUCGGAGGCAUGCAGCUCGACUGUUAACAAUCCUUUCCAUCCUUCCAAAAGUCAAGAAGACCAUUAUAUCAGACAAAACUUGGUGUAAAUGGCUUGAGGACUGUGCUGAUGGGAAGAUUCCAGGCUGUAGUGACCUUAAAAUACAAAGUUAUGCCAGGGCCACACUGUUAAAUGUGCUUUGUGAUCCACAAGUUCAGAAAGAUUCAUCAAAUGAUAAUCCUCCUGACAUAGAUGGCGCAAACCACACCAAUGCCUGUCCUUAUUAUGAUGAUAUGAUACUUUUAAUCAAUCCUGAAUUACCCCACUGGAGCUGUUCUGAAAUGAGAGAUCAAUCCACUAUUUGGAAGGAUAAGCAUCUUUCAAGUGAAGGCAAUUCUAUCAAUAGUGACGAUACAUAUGUAGCCGGAGCUUCAAAAGCUGAAGAAAUUUCUGGUUCUGUUACUGCAUCAGAAGGUGGUUUUCAACCAGAGAUCCCCCAACUGGAUGUUGUCUUUGUCCAUGGGCUGCGUGGUGGGCCAUACAAAACUUGGCGAAUAUCCGAGGACAAAUCCUCAACUAAGUCUGGCUUAGUAGAGAAAAUUGAUCAGGAAGCGGGGAAGCUCGGGACAUUUUGGCCAGGUGAAUGGCUUUCAGCUGACUUCUCUCAAGCUCGCUUGUUUUCCCUCAAAUACAAGACAAAUCUAACACAGUGGUCUGGAGCUAGCCUGCCUCUUCAGGAAGUUAGCACCAUGCUGUUGAAGAAGCUUGUUGCUGCUGGCAUUGGGAAUCGUCCUGUUGUGUUUGUGACUCACAGCAUGGGAGGCCUUGUUGUCAAGCAGAUGCUGUAUAAAGCAAAAGCAGAAAAUAUUGAUAACCUUGUCAACAACACCAUUGGAGUUGUGUUCUAUAGCUGCCCACAUUUUGGCAGUAAGCUUGCUGACAUGCCUUGGCGAAUGGGACUUGUGUUUCGUCCAGCCCCUACUAUAGGGGAGUUGCGAAGUGGUUCUCCAAGACUUGUAGAGCUCAAUGACUUUCUUCGUCAGCUUCAUAAGAAAAGGAUGCUUGAAGUCCUUAGUUUUUGCGAGACUAAGGUGACUCCAAUUGUUGAAGGUUAUGGGGGAUGGGCCUUUCGUGCAGAAAUUGUGCCAAUCGAAUCAGCAUAUCCCGGUUUUGGUGAACUUGUUGUCCUAGAGUCAACAGAUCAUAUAAACUCAUGCAAACCACUCAGCCGUGCUGAUCCCUCAUACACAGAAAUAUUAGACUUUUUGCGUAAACUGAAAGCUCGGUAUACAUGAAGUUUACUCACCUUGAGCAUUGAAUUGAUAUUCUUUUGUUGAUCUAAUCAUGGAAUAUGGAGAUGAGCAUGACAGAGGUAGUUAGAUUUUUGCAUACAUAGACACACUGAGGAGCACAGCCCAUCUUUGAAUCAAAUGGCCUGUGGAUUAGUUGACCAACUUCUGCUGUUCGACUGCUGUUAGUGAAUCUACACUCCAAUCAUCUCUGUUUUUAAGCAGUUGUGUACAUUAUCUCAUUGUCUCGGUCUGUGCAUUAACAUUCCAGGUCUUUUGUAUUUUUUCUUAUAAAAAAAAAAAUACUUUUAUGUGUAAAUAAACCCAUUCGUGAAAUGGGAUUUGAAAAUUUGUAGAUAUUCACAAGAAAAAGGGAAAUUUUAGAGGAAAUGAAAAGAAUGAUUUGAU